AUGGUGUCAAGUCACUUGCUCCUCGAAGAGCCUAUACGGAUGGCUUCAAUCCUCGAGUCAUCCAAGCCUAAUUUCUUUCCUGCAAUGACGAAGACAGUAGGGACGCUGGGGCCAAAAUCUCGGUCCGUUGAAAUUAUUUCAGGAUGCCUUAAGGCCGGAAUGUCCGUGGCACAGUUUGAUUUUUCAUGGGGUGAUACUGAAUUUCACCAAGAGACUAUAGAGAAUUUGAAAGCGGCCAUCAAGAGCACAAAAAAGCUCUGUGCGGUUAUGCUGGACACUGUAGGUCCAGAGCUUCAAGUCAUCAACAAAGCUGAACAUCCUAUUUCACUUCAGGCGGAUUCCUUUGUUGUUCUAGUACCUGAUCAGGACAAAGAAGCUACUUCAAACUUUCUGCCCAUUAAUUUUAGUGGGUUAUCAAAGGCAGUAAAGCCGGGAGAUAGUAUUUUCAUUGGUCAAUACUUGUUCAGUGGAAAUGAAACAACUUCUGUAUGGCUGGAGGUAACUGAGGUGAAAGAGGGUGACGUAGUUUGUCUGAUUAAGAAUUCUGCCACCUUGGAUGGGCCAUUGUACACACUACACGUGUCUCAGAUUCGCAUUGAUCGUCCUACCCUCACUGAUAAAGAUAAGGAGGUCAUAAGCACUUGGGGAGUUCGGAACAACAUAGACUUUCUCUCACUUUCAUAUACGCGACAUGCAGAGGAUGUUAGACAUGCUCGUGAGUUUCUUUCUAACUUGGGUGAUCUCAGUCGAACCCAGAUUUUUGCGAAGAUUGAAAAUGUAGAGGGAUUGAUCCAUUUUGAUGAGAUCCUCCAAGAAGCAGAUGGCAUCAUCCUCUCUCGUGGAAAUCUAGGGAUAGAUCUCCCCCCUGAGAAGGUAUUUUUAUUUCAAAAGGCAGCCGUUCACAAGUGUAAUAUGGCUGGGAAACCUGCUGUCAUCACUCGUGUUGUAGACAGUAUGACUGAUAACUUGAGACCUACUCGUGCUGAGGCAACUGAUGUUGCCAAUGCUGUCUUGGAUGGCAGUGACGCCAUUCUUUUAGGUGCGGAGACCCUUCGAGGAUUGUACCCUGUUGAUACUAUUUCAGUCGUCGGUAAAAUUUGUGCUGAGGCAGAAAAGGUUUAUAAUCAUGAUCACUACUUCAAGAAGACUGUUAAAUAUGUUGGCGAACCUAUGACCCACUUAGAAUCAAUUGCUGCCUCUGCAGUACGAGCUGCCAUCAAGGUGAAAGCAUCUGUAAUAAUCUGCUUCACGUCAUCGGGAAGAGCUGCAAGAUUAAUAGCCAAGUACAGGCCUACAAUGCCUGUAUUAUCUGUUGUCAUUCCUCGCCUAAAGACAAAUCAACUCCACUGGACUUUUAGUGGUGCUUUUGAGGCAAGGCAAUCUCUGAUAGUCCGAGGCCUUUUCCCAAUGCUUGCAGAUCCUCGACAUCCUGCUGAGUCCACAAAUGCAACAAAUGAGUCAGUAUUGAAGGUUGCUCUGGAUCAUGGCAAGGCAUCUGGUGUUAUAAAGCCACAUGAUCGAGUUGUGGUAUGCCAGAAAGUUGGCGAUGCAUCCGUGGUGAAAAUCAUUGAACUUGAAGACUAG